GUUUUGUUUUUGGUAAAAUUGGCAACCUUAACGCUUCGACGUAGUGGCUUUUUGUUUUCUUUUUGGGUAGAACGCAGUAGCCUAUCUCCGGACCUAAAGAAGAUGGUUUCAAAGAAUACGAUCGCGUUCUUGAUCUUGUUACCUCUUAUGUUUGAGGUGGCGCCAUCGCUUGCUCAGCCCUCCGAUUCCCCAGACCGUGGAGUUGCUCCUGAUUUUUCCUACUCCCGGGGCAAUCUCGAGGUCUCUGCACCGAAGCCGUCUGCUUUGGGCCGCCGUACCCUCCGCGGCGGAGCAUCGCUCGCUGUGAACAAAAACCAGGCUCCCUCCCCCGCCGAUGCUUGCAAUCUCCAGCCCCACGCUCUUGGCCCCUGCCACGCUGGGUCUGGAGUGACCGAGUCACCAACGGAAUCUCCGAAAGGGAUGUCUGCAUCAUCGACCCAUUCGCUCCAUACAGACAGUUUUUGUCCCGAUUGUGAGAGCGGCUCUAUUGAUCCAAACACACCAAUACAGACUCCACCGUAAGAACAUCCAGAUGCCAUCGCUACCAUUUGAUUGAUGAUGGUACUUACGGCUCACUAUAGCUUUGGCGAUUAUAGAUUUUCUUCUGGUCAUGACUCAGAAGCAUUAUCUUCCGGCCUUUUAUUAUCAAUGAUCAGGACAUUUUGGAUGGGACGUUGUUUUUUCCUUUAUGGAUGAUAUUAUGUUUCAAAUAAUAAUUGUAGAUUUCUACCAAAAAAUAAUAAUAAUUGUAGAUGUUGUGGAUAUUGACUAGCUUUGUCGACAUGGACGAUGAAUAUGUUGAAAAAUUCUUGAUAUUUUUGUAAUAAAUAUCUUGAUUGUGGAUGCAAUAUAAUGGAUUGUAUUAAUGAU